UGCUGGGGCCGGGCUAGGAGGAAGAGAGGACACUGGACAGCAGCAGCUGCGCAGCCGCAGACCCAAUCCUGUCGCAGACAGACUCAGCGCGAGACUGCCUAGCACGAGUCCCAUCACGCACUGGUCACAUGACCGCUCUGUGUUAUCACGUGAUCAGAGCUCAGGGAAGAUGGCGGUAGAAGAGGACCAGGAAGCGCUGCUACCCGGGUCGGGCGAUGGAAGCCCUGGCAGAACUGAACGGAGGCAGAUGUCGGCAAUCUGUGACCCCAGUAGGUUCGCUCAUCGGGUCGUGGUGCUGGUCCUUAUGUGCUUCUUGGGCUUUGGCAGCUAUUUCUGCUAUGACAACCCAGCAGCACUGCAAACUCAGGUGCAAUUGGACAUGAAGGUGAAUACAGCAAACUUCAUGCAGCUGUAUGCGUUUUAUUCCUGGCCUAAUGUAGUGCUUUGCUUCUUUGGAGGAUUUCUCAUUGACCGGCUGUUUGGAAUUCGGUUGGGAACUAUAAUAUUUAGCCUGUUUGUGUGUGCUGGGCAGGUUAUAUUUGCAGCAGGAGCCUUAUUUAAUGCUUUCUGGCUAAUGGAAGUUGGUCGACUUGUAUUUGGGAUUGGUGGGGAAUCCCUUGCUGUUGCUCAGAAUACAUAUGCGGUCAGUUGGUUCAAAGGGAAGGAGCUGAACUUGGUGUUUGGCUUGCAGCUCAGUAUGGCGAGAGUGGGCAGCACAGUGAAUAUGAAUGUCAUGGGGCUUGUGUACGAGAGGAUAAAGGAUGCUAUGGGGGCAGCAGGCUACACUACACUUGGUGUAACCCUCAUGAUUGGCUCAAUAACGUGUCUGUUUUCCUUGAUAUGUGCCUUCGUUCUUGGUUACCUGGACAGAAGAGCUGAAAAAAUAUUAAACAAAGAACAGGGAAAAACUGGGGAAGUCAUUAAGCUUACGGAUGUCAAGGACUUUUCCCUCAGUCUCUGGUUGAUAUUUUUAGUAUGCGUGUUUUACUAUGUAGCCGUGUUUCCUUUCAUUGGACUUGGAAAAGUUUUCUUCAUUGAGAAAUACCAGUUUUCUCCCCUCCAAGCUGGAGCAAUAAACAGUGUGGUUUACAUCAUCUCUGCACCACUGUCCCCGGUAUUUGGAUUUGUAGUUGACCGGGUAGGGAAAAACAUAAUUUGGGUGAUGGUUGCAGUUGUGGCGACUCUUGCUGCCCACCUCAUGUUGGCGUUCACUUUCUGGAAUCCAUGGAUUGCUAUGAGUUUAUUGGGGGUUUCCUAUUCUCUUUUGGCCUGUGCUUUGUGGCCUAUGGUGGCCUUUGUUGUUCCAGAGCAUCAACUGGGUACAGCAUAUGGAUUCAUGCAGUCCAUACAGAACCUGGGUCUUGCCAUUAUUGCCAUCGUUGCAGGUGUUAUUCUGGACUCCCGAGGAUAUCUGUUCCUAGAAGUCUUCUUCAGUGCUUGCAUUUGCAUGGCCAUUAUCGCUGUGUUUAUGCUGUAUUUUGUCAACCUCCUUAGAGGUGGAGAUCUUAAUUUAUCUUCAUGGGAGCGGGAAAAACUUCAGAAAAAAGCUGAGAUUGAAGAAGAAACUGAAUAGCAAAAUGUCAUCUUCACGUAUGCAGAAAGUGGUCAGCAAUCUGUCAACUCGAAGAGCCUUAGUGUCUUCUGAGCUUGCUACAAAUAGUCAAAUCAUUACGUCACUUUAAUUACCUUCCAUAAAGUAACCAUCUUACAGUAAGACUGUAGUAAGAACUCUUGUUACAGGCCAAAAGAGCGCUUUCCUGUCAGCGGAGAGUGUUUGCACGUUGGCAGUGCCAGAAGGGACUUGAGUAGGAUAAGUGCAUAUGUGGCAUUAGUCUUUCAUUAUGGUCAAUAUAUGCUUUUUGUUUUCUCUUGAUUGUUUUACUUGACAUUCCUUGUGACAUAAGUCACAAAUUGCUUAACUGAGAUCACUUUAUUUUAUAAAGCUCUUAUAUCUGUUCUUCUAGCACUUAAUCUGUGGAAGUACUAUUUGCUACAGUAUUUCCUAACAUUUCUUGGAUCAAAAUGAUAAGGGCAUUAAGUGACAAUGGAGUGUUUCCUUCAGGCGCAUAGGGUAGCCACUAAGACUUAAUUUCUUAGGUGCAUUUAACUGCUGUGCCCCCCCCCCCCCCAAGUUCAUUAAAUGUAAUGUUUUUAAAGCUCAAAGACUUAUUAGUUUUAGAAGCACAAUUGUAGCACAGUCGGACGCACAUAAGGGUACUUAAGGAUUGUACUGUUCAUAAUGCACUUUGAUUAACAUGUUUUUAAAGGGGAGCAAAAACUGCCAGUCUGAGUAAUAUACAGAAAUAUAUUAUCAGGAGAACGUUACAUGUAUCUGUGUCUGAGGGUAUAAGAAACUGGAAGGAGCAUAUUUAUUCUCCUCAAAAAUGGUUUUAUUGAUUUUUGCUUGAGCUAAGCAACUCUUAAGUUUGGUUGAAAUUAACAUUUGUUUUUAAUUUAGUGGUGUAUAUGAAAGGUACUCUGGUGCCUUGCAGGAGGCAAAGCCUGUAAUUUUGGCCUCAGACACACCAACAUUUACCUGCUUUUUUUUACUGCUAGUAUAAACACCUCAUUUUAGAAAUUACUGUAUUUCAGCAUGUGCUGUUCUGAAAAGCAACCCCUGGAAGCACAUAAAUGGUGACAUGCUUAUGCUAGUGACAGUGGUUAGUCCCAUUAUAUGCAUUAAGAACACAUAUUCCAAUGGGUAUGAGCCUUUCCUCUGUGUUCUUAGUCAUUAUUAAACAUCAGUGAUGUGAGGUGAGGCAGAGCCUCUCUUGUCAUACACCAGUAUACUGCAGAGUAUUGACUAUAAAAAUUAUAUGAAAAAUGCUAAAAUAUAUCUGCUUUUGUAGUAUUCUAAUAAUUUUUAUAGUUAAAUCUCUGCAGUAUACUGGUCUAUGACAGGUGAGGCAGUGCCCACCUUGUCCACACAUCUCUGAUCAGAACUCACCAAAUUUACAGCAGUACAUACUGCUGCAUCUGUGUGUAAUGCUCACAUGAGCCCUCAGGUUCAUAUAUGUGUGUAACUCAGGCUCUGAUAGCCAGUGUUUUCCUAGCCAUUUACAUUGCUUAACGUCUUUGUUAAACAUAUAUGGGCAGAUGUAUUAACCUGGAGAAUGGCUCCAAUAUGCAAAUUGACAGGAGCUGACUGGCUGGUGCGUUUAUCACCUUGCACUUAUCACUGGUUUAUCACCUUGCACUUAUCACUGGUUUAUCACUUCCUUAUGCCUUCUCCAGGUUAAUACAUCUGCCCCAUAGUUCUCUGUACUAAAGCUACAGCUCAGAACAUUAUGAUUUAUAGAUAUCCUGUGUUAUGCAUGCCUUGCUUUUUACAUGUACAUCAUUACUUGCAUACAUUUGGCCAUUCUGUCCAGAAUGCUCUACCCACUAAUGUGUGUGUGUGUGUGUGUGUGUGUGGCAGUGAGCUGUACUGCACUAUAUCUCAUUUCUGUUGCUCUGUGAAAACUGCUUUUGUUUUAUUUGUUCAUUUCCUAGCGUUGAAAUCUGUUGUAUUCAGCAUUAGCAAGGUGUUUGUUUGUUUUUUUGUCAGUUUUAUGUACUUAAGUGUGAUUUGUGUGAUUUGGGUCUCUAAAUCUAAAACCAUUUUUUGUUCCGUUCAUGUUACAUAAUUGGGAUACUUUAAGUGUGUGAUUUGCGCUGCUCUUUGCUUGGAAUUGUGGACACGUUACCCCUGUCACUGUGCGCAGUAUUGUAUAAUAUAGGUUUUUAUGUUAUAAAAAGUUGUGUACAAGUAUGUAGCACUGUGUGAUGUCACUACAUGGUAGAUUUCCAGCUACGUCACUCUCUGCUAGGGAUCCAGCUAAUAGCUGGCUAUGGUCAUUUCAGUUUUAUUUAACUUUGUGAUGUUCCAGGUACCGCAGUAUCUUAAAUGGUUAUGGCAUAAUCUUGCCAUAAGCUUUACCUCACAGGCAGGACGUGGCUAAGUAUGGCAUGGUCUUAAGACAAAACAGUAAAUAUAUGGGAAAUAACCUUUUUUUUUUUUUCUUUUUUUUAACUUAAUGUAUACAUUAUAUAAUGUUAGAAUACAUGAAACCGUUUUGUUAAUGUAUAUCUGGGUUUUCUAUUUAGCUAGUGUAGAAGUCUUUCACUGAAAAAUGAUGAUGUGACAUUGCUCAAUGGACCCGCUAUUUGCUUGAUCUAAAAACAUUUUUGCAGACUUGUGUAAAAAUGUCUGGAAUUUUUGUAAUUUAAUUUUUGUUAUUGCUAAUGAUGCGAGAAAUCAGGCCAUACAGUGUAUGGAAGAGACUAGAUGUCUUAAUUUUUUUUUUUUCUUAUUAUUAUUAUUUGGAUCAACUUGAUUUUUUUUAUUUUUUUUUACUUCCUACCUCAUUUACCUGUUUACAUACCAUACUUUUUAUUUCUCUAUCGUC